AUGGCGGUACGGCAACCUUUACGCAUCUUGUGCCUGGCGGGCUUCCGGCAGAGCGAGCGGGGCUUCCGCGAGAAGACCGGGGCGCUACGGAAGGCGCUGCGAGGCCGCGCCGAGCUCGUGUGCCUCAGCGGCCCGCACCCGGUCCCGGAAGCAGAGGGCCAUGAAGGUGCAGGGCCAGACUCUGGACCCUGCCUUCCGGAGGAGCAGCCUCGAGGCUGGUGGUUCUCAGAGGAGGCAGCCGUUUUCUCUGCGCUGGAAGAGCCCACAGUGUGCAGGGGUCUGGAGGAAGCUCUGGAAACGGUAGCACAAGCCCUGAACAAGCUGGGGCCUUUUGACGGACUCCUUGGUUUCAGCCAGGGGGCAGCGUUAGCAGCCCUUGUGUGCGCCCUAGGCCAGGCCUGCGAUGCCCGCUUCCCCUUGCCACGGUUCAUUAUCCUGGUAUCUGGUUUCUGCCCCCGGGGCCUUGAACUCAAGGAGCCCAUCCUGAGGGCCCCCUUGUCACUCCCAUCACUCCAUGUUUUUGGGGACACUGACCGAGUCAUCCCCUCUCAGGAGAGUGUACAAUUGGCUAGCCAAUUCCCUGGAGCUGUCACCCUCAACCACUCUGGAGGACACUUUAUCCCAACUGCUGCACCCCAGCGUCAGGCCUACCUCAAGUUCUUGGACCAGUUUGCAUAG